CAACCAGUUUUGAACCAUGAGAUUGAUACCACCUCAAUGCGAAAUAGUGGAGUUUCUUACGUGGAGAGUAACGUCUGUGAUACUUUACUAACAAGAUAUGAUGAGUAUCCAGAUCUAAUAGUUGAGCCGGAUGGAAGACCACCCAAAGACGAUUUUAAUAUUAUUUCUGGCCGAUUUAUUGUGGACGGCAAACAUCUUGUGCAAGAAUUUAGAUCUUUGGACUACCAUAGAUACGAGUGUGAAAAAAGUGAUAAUGGUUAUAUGACACUGGUGUCUUCAACUUCAAAAUCAUCAGAAUGGACAAUGAAGUUCGUUGUAUGGACAGCUCCACGAACCAGCUGCCAUAAAUGCGUUUCAAGAAAUGGAAGAAAUUCAAGUUCAGCCUUGCGGUUUGUUUGUUGACAAAGAACAUGACUUCUUGGCGGCU